UCAGCGGGACACUUUCUCAAGACACAACCCGCUCCGUGAAAACACUCUCAUCUCCGUUAACCGCCGGGGGUUUCCGUUCCUCCGGUUGUUUGAGCUUUUCGUUGUUUUACCCUGAUUACCCGUGAGCAGUCGGACGGAUUACCGGGGAGCACCGAGGAGGUGAGGAUGGAGCGGUCCCGUUAAAAAGUUGCCACCAGCGCUCAAGAAAGAGAGAGAAUCUCCCACGGCUCCUCCUCCGGUGCUCCCGCCGCCUCGGAGGCCAUGGGCUGCGGCUUGCGGAAACUGGAAGACCCGGAGGACAGCAGCCCCGGGAAGAUCUACUCCACCCUGAAGAGACCGCAGGUGGAGACCAAAACGGAGACGGCGUACGAGUACGUGCUGCUCGACUUCAGCCUGGAAGGAAGUCGUCCUACGGUGCAAUAUGUGGCGUCCCUGUCCGAGCUGCCCCAGGCCCUGCAGCCCUACUACACACAAGGCUACGUCCUGACCGCCCUGCACCCCAUCAUCCUGUCGGUGGGUCGGUCCCGCUCACUCCCCUUCAGCCUGCUCUACCGAGCCAUCCUGGCCCGUCCCAGAUCCAGGAAGCAGAUGGCGUCCAUGUGUCACAGCGUGCCGCUGUUGAAGGUGGAGGAGUGGCCGUUACCCGGAGAGGCGCUGACGGGCGACACGGUCCGAGCGCUCAUCGACCGGGUGAACAGCAGCGCCCGGGGGGGCGUUCGAUUCGUUGGCUCGGUCCUCCAGCAGGUGAGCGGGAUCACCAACGGCAGGGUGCACAGUCCCAAGAGGGGCUGCCGCUCCCCUCCACGCACCCCUCCUGGUACUCCGCCCGGAGACCGAGAGCUGGAGGAAAACACCUACAGUCCUGACUUGAGGUUGCUGGUCUUCUUCCACUCCUGGCCUCCGGGCUGCGCUCCUCUGGACUCACUGGCCUGUCAGUACCAUCAGGGGGCGCUCUCCAUGCGCGUUUCCAGGAAGGGCCAGGUGGUCAGCUCCCUGGAAGCUGAUUGGCUGGAGCUGACCACCGCCUACUACCGCAAAGGCUGGUCGUUGGUGGACUCCUUCGUCUACUGGGACACGCCCAAAGGUGAGCCGGUGCCCAGGUCACUGGAGGGGUUGUUCGUGUACGAGGAGAGAAGCACCUCUCCUCCCGCCAACGACACCAUCGUCGUAGAGCAGUGGACCGUCAUCGAGGGCGCCAAUGUGAAGACGGACUACGGGCCUCUCCUUCACACUCUGGCCGAGUUUGGUUGGCUGCUCACGUGCGUGCUGCCCACUCCCAUCAUCCGCCAUGACAGCGACGGGAAUCUGGCCACCAAGCAGGUGGUGUUUCUCCAGCGGCCGGUCAGAAGCCAGGCGGCGUCGGGGGUUCACCACCCGAGCAACCAGGCGUCAUCGCUGCCCGGCGACGUGUCCAGCCGCUCCGUGAGUCGUGCGGUCAGCCGCCCCGUCCCUCCGGAGGGGGAGGGGGAGGGGCCGUCUCCGACCGCCGGCGGCAUCGGGGGAUUCCCGGUGUUCGGGGGCGGGUACCCCAGCGCCCUGUCCCACCUGGAGGAGGGCGGCUUCGAGCAGGAAGAGGGCAAAGCGGAGGUCACCUGCAUGUGAGCGGCUCGGUGGAGGAUUUGAGACGCCGUUGGAUUCCUGAAGGAACGACCCACCUGAACGGGGGGGGGGGGGGGGGGGGCAGCAGACUUGUUCGUGACCCCCUUCCUUUUCUUAACGGAGACUUUUAAUGGAGAAGAACUCAGCACUUUUUAAAGAAAAGAAAGAAAAUGUUUUGAAUGAAGCCAUAAUGAGGUAUUAUUUAGACAGACGUCUACACUUUCACACCGACUUGUUGGGGGUCAAUCUUUUUUUAAAGGUCAGUUCAGGUGCUCAUGGGAAAUCACAACACUGUAAAGCACAAGUUUUCUGCACGACUCCGGUGGUAAAAAAAAAAAUCGUUAUUUUUGAACACGGCUCACGCAUUUUUAAUGUCCAGUGGUCUCGUCUCUGAUAGGCUGAGGCCGGACGUGAACGUUUAUCAGGGAGUUUUCCCCCCCCUGUGUACUUUGGUACAGACGAGUUCUGCCUGAGAUUGUACAUAUAAGUGUUUCUGAGGGUUCUGGUGCUAUUGGGAAGCUGGUCAGUGGUGUAACUGGUCUGGAAAAGGUUGUUAAACAGCCACAGUGUGCUUUACUUUCUUCAUACGGUACUGGCAACGCACCCGUUUCUCUCUGGAAUGGAUGAAGCUCUUCAGAGAUGUUUUAAUGCAACAAUUAUAUUUAAAUGUUUUUUUAAAAGGGGAUCUCAACCGAUGUUAUAAAGUCCGUGUCCAGGUUUUUAAGGAAGUACUACUGCAGAUAUGAGAAAAAAAGAUUGUAUAAAAGAGUCUGUACUUAAGAAGUAAGAGGGCAAUUAGUUUACCAGACGUCUGUAGCGCAUCUCUGCUGCGGGCGCCAACUGUCGAGUUGCAUUGUGGGUAAUGAAGGUGCCAGGUUUAGAGAGUUUGUGGAAUAAAAAGACAUCUAAAUGAUUUUUAAAUUCAUUUUGUUAAACGGUCCACUGCGACGUCAAAGUGUUAAUCGGUAGUCUUAUCACAAUAAAAGGGAUGUUUAUUAUGACAACGCUUUUGUAAAUAUUAGAUGUUAAUUGAGCAUAUUUGGGUUUCAACUAAUUGUGGUGCAUGUUUGGGGAAUGGAGAUGAUCAAGUAUAAUUUUAGGUGAUUCAUACAUGUUUUAAAUGUAUUUUCCUCCACAAACAUACUAUUGAGGUUUUUACUAAAUAUCAGUAUUAAUAUUCCAGCCCUUUCCCUUUCUGGAGACGUGUACAUUUUGCUUCCUUUAUUUUAUUAAAACACUUUCUUCCCGUG